UUUGUUAGUCCUCACUUCCGUAUCGGAAAGAAGGCUGCAAAUAGAUGUUACCUAAGAAAAGCUGCUCAUCAUAACAAUUAAAAAGCAAUCUGUCGAAACAAGAAAUAGUGUAGUAAACCCUCUAUUACCGGGAGUCUCUGCGGAUGAUGGAAGCCCCGCUGGAAGACGAGACACCUGCGGGAGCCUUGGCUGGGAUUGAGGGACUCGACCUCGCAAUGGAGUUGAAAGCGUCCGACGAAGCGCUUACGUUCAUGUCCAGCGUCGAGCCUGCAGAGCUGCUCAAGUGUGUGUUUCCAGACUCUCUGGUGACUGUGUCAGAGGGCGGCCGGGACCUUGGGAAGUUCAGUGUGACGGUGGAGUUUGACCGUAGAGCCCAGCAGCCCUGUAUGCUCCUGCAUGCUCAGAGCCAGGGAGCCAUUGAUGACUCCCCGUGUGGAACUACAGUGACAGCCUACAUAACCACGGACCUGGAGGUGCUGGAGGAAGAUUACCAUGAGUAUGUCAAGCUUGAGGGUCACAGUUUGGACAGGAGGUGUCACAUGGUGCAGCAUGACGGGCAGAUGGUGAUCGAUAAAGUUACCACUGUAGGAGAGGAGACGUCAAUGGAGAGCGUUUCUUAUCCCAUGUCUGUCCUAAACGGGCUCGUUACCGAGGGGUCCAACUUGCUGCUGAUGCGCCUGCUCGCUCUUAGGAAGAAGGUUCCCGAACACAUGACCUUUAUCUCCUUUGACCAGGGAUUACACAUCAUCCACACCACUUUUAGCAAGCUGGGUGUGAAGCAGCUGGAGGUUGGGGAUGAGACUGUGGAGGUAUUUGGGGUGGAGAGGAUUGUUCACUCCGUGGAGGAGGGCCCCACUACCUGGCAGUGCUACUUCCUAGGUGAUGGGCACAUGGCCAGCAGAGUGCAGGUGGGAUCACCGGUCACCAUGAGGCUUCUACAGCUAAAAAAAGGUUUUGAGAAGAUUCCUCUGGUUUGCGAAGAAGACAUGCAGAUGCACUCUAAGUUUUUGGACAUAAAGGAGGAGCUGAAGGCGGACCAUGCCUCAUACAUGAGACAGCAUCCAGAGAUCCGUGCCCUCAUAUCUGACUUUCUGCAGUUUUUGCUGUUGAGGAAACCAAAUGAUGUCUUCCAGUUUGCCAGAGAGUACUUCCUCCCUUUUGCCUCCCGCCGACCUCCAGAACUAAGCCUGAAAACCCCCUCACCCUGAAAGCACACCCCAGUGUUUACAUGCUAAAAACAGCCUUUUAUAGCUUUCUUCUCAUUUAUCGUUUCAACUUCAGACUACAUUUUUAAAUUGCAUUUGGUUAUGUUAUAUCCUGUCUUGUUUUCCUGAGUGACAGAUGACUAGUAGUAGCCUAUAAAAGGAAACGUAGUGGGAAGGAACAAUAACUUUCAAACCAGAGACUUCA